CGAUCUUGCGCUCACGAUAUUCACUCUCCAGACAGAACCUCGUGUAAAGUUUCCUGUACCAACAUUCAUACCUCCGACCCACCUUGUCCUCGACAUCGCGCCGCGCAUGGGGCUGCAAAUUCGGCACUCACAACCUGAUCCGUGGACACGACACCAAUUGUUCAACAGCAAACCAACCACAGCUAUUGCACCCCUCCUCAACCCACGAUGGCGCAACGAAAGCUCCAGCAGGAAGUCGAUAAGUGCUUCAAGAAGGUUACCGAAGGCGUUGCAGAGUUUGAGUCUAUCUACGAGAAGAUCGAGCAAUCCACAAAUGCUGCUCAAAAGGAGAAGCAAGAAGACAAUCUCAAGCGUGAGAUCAAGAAGCUGCAAAGGCUUCGGGACCAGAUCAAGACAUGGGCGGCUAGCAACGACAUCAAAGACAAGGGGCCGCUGCUGGAGUAUCGGAAAUUGAUCGAGACACAAAUGGAGAAAUUUAAAGCUGUAGAGAAGGCCAUGAAGACGAAAGCAUAUUCGAAAGAAGGUUUAUCAGCAGCUGCCAAGCUGGACCCCAAAGAACGGGCGAAGAUGGAGGCGUGCGAAUUCCUCAGCAACAUGGUGGACGAGCUGGAACGACAAAUAGAGCAGCUCGAGGCGGAGGCGGAGGGAAUACAAGCCACGAUGAAGAAGGGGAAGAACCAGACAUCGAAGGCAGAUCGAAUGGCGGAGAUUGAACGAAUCACAGAGCGACAUAAAUGGCAUCAGGGGAAACUGGAGCUAAUCAAACGGUCGUUAGAAAAUGGCGGGGUGGAAACCGAACAGGUCAACGAUCUCGAGGAAACCAUUCGAUAUUAUGUCUCCGAUGGCAUGAAUGAUGACUUUAUGGAGGACGAUGAGAUGUACGACGAUCUCAACCUCCAGGAAGAGGAGGACAACUACGGCAUGAAUAAUGACAAUGACCGGGUGUCCUCCCAAGACACACAAUCAGUGCAGGAAGAGACACCUGAGGUCGAAACACGAUCAAGUAGUAUACCUGGGAAGUCGAAAGCGCCGGUAGAGCCUCCUGUGGCUGCUGCGCGAAGACCCUCGACACAGAUGAAGAGUCCUCUGCCGACGCUGGCCACAUUACACACUCCGUCGCCGACGCUUUCCAAUGGAACCAUCAGCCAUAUGAAGCCGGCGGCGGUACCUACCAGGCCUCCAGGGGAGACUUUGAAGUACGCUUCAGCGGCUGCCGCAGCUGCGGCGAGUGAUAAGAGUAAUAUGGGAAUUGCUCCGUUACCUCCUCCACCUGAAGCUCUACCUGCACCUAGUUCCUCUGUUACCCAUCCCCCGUUACCACCGCAUGUGGCCCGGGAACCUAGCGUUAAUUCGUCCCCUACUGCAGUAAAUGCCCAACCUGCAGGUGUGAAUCAAACGCCUGUGAACCGGUCUAGUAUUCCAACGGCUGCCUCUGUGUCUGAAGCCACUUCAAGUGCACAAACCAAAUCCCCAGCGUUGAGCCAGUCAAGCGCGGUCCCUAGCGCUAGCAGUACCUCGCAACCGCCUGUACCAGAACGCUCAGAAAGCACCAGGCCGGGUCCAUCGAGAGUAUCGUCAGGAAAAGCCCCAGCUGUGCCGGAAACUGUGGAAAGUUCAAAGGCUGCCCCUCCUAAGCCCAACGGCAUCACAAAUGGUGUCAAGAAUAUUGUUCCGGAGGAAGACGAGUCCAUCUAUCAUCUUCCGUCCGGACUGCAAGAUUUACUCCAAUCAUUCGAGGCAACCCAACGGCGAGUCACCAGUGCUCCAUCACAAUCAUCUCAGAGAAUGCUGGCAUCUUCUUUGAAUAGUUGUCCGGAUACGAUUGACGUAGGAACGCCGAGGAACUACAAGCCAAAGAACCCAAUUCGGACUCCUGCGUACUAUCCUCAAGAGGUUGAUCCCGUGUUCGAUGAUCCUCGGCUGUACACCCGGAUUGAUCCAGAUACUUUAUUCUAUGUCUUCUACUACAAGCAGGAAACAUAUCAACAAUAUCUUGCUGCCAAAGCGUUGAAGGAUCAAAGCUGGAGAUUCCACAAGCAAUAUCAAACAUGGUUUCAACGUCACGAGGAGCCCAAGACCAUCACGGAGGAGUUUGAGCAAGGCACCUACCGCUUCUUUGACUACGAGAGUACAUGGAUGAACCGUCGGAAGGCCGACUUUAAGUUCGCGUACAAGUUCCUGGAAGACGAUGUAUGAUUUAUUGACGGGCGGCAAGGAAUUCGAGUUGGAAGGUCGGUUGGCGCAUAGCAUCGCUUUGACCGAGGCCUGGCUGGGAAAAUUGACGUUCACCGUCUUAAUUAGCAAACAAGUCUGCUCAUCUGAUCGAGAUGGUGUUUGUGUAACCGCUUUGUUUUCCCUCAGCAUACCCGUCUCCUGGCUCGCGCAUCUGUGGGCCUUCACAAGAAAGCACUGCCUGGGAG